AUGCGCCUUCGGCACAACUCCCAGCUCAUGACGAUGCUGCUGACGGACGACAGCCGCAUCCCAGGGCCCUCUCUUGAGGACUGGUCGAAAUCGUAUCAAGUUCUGCUGACAAAGCGCACCAUUCUCGAGGAGAGGGUUCGAGCCGCGGAGCAAGAGAUUCGCGACAUCCGAUCGCUGCACGAGGCUAAGCGGAGCCAGUUGCUGAAGGACGCGGAGAAGUUCCGCGCCGACCUGCUCAAGUGCGGCCAGGAAGAGCACCUGCGAAAGGUUGCUCCUACGAUGAAGGUCCAUGGUGGAGUCGGACAAUCGCCCAUGCCAAGCAACUGCAAGGCGGCCUUCCGCGUCAAGUGCGUCCCUUAGUUUGGACGCUGCGUGCGCCAUGUGUGCGGAGCCUUGUUUAUCGCCAUCGUUUCGAUUAGUCGAGAAAUAAAGUUGCACGCACGUUAAA